AUGCCGAAGCGCGUAAGGACUUCCGCGGAGCAGCAGACUCCCGACGAAGGCAACCAAGUUGGCUCGGAACCUGAGCCCACGACCGUGGCCGCACGCACUCGGUCCUCGCGUCGACAGCCUCCCAGAUCUUUCAGCAGCACACCCGUUCAGCUUCAGGUCGGGAAAUCAACUGCCAUGGCGGUUGAGCUUGACGAAGGAGAAGUCUCUGCGAGCGCACGCAAAGAACGUAAACGAUUGACCGACAGAGUUGCUCAGCGCGAACAUCGCAAACGUCAGAAGCAGUACAUCGAAGAGCUCGAGGCCCAGCUCAGUAUGCUCAAAGAAGGCGGCCAGUCAGACGUAGCGCAGCUAGCUGCCCGGAAUCUUCAGCUGUACGACGAGCUCAAGCAGAUGCAUGCAUUGUGGGAUGAAAUGGAGCAGCUGCUCUUGCGCCAACGGCAGCUGCGAGUAACGUCUACUGUCAACUUACUUUCUGCGAGACCCGAUUCACAGAUUGACACGCAGCUUGAUAGGCUCGUGGCGCGAGAGGGAGGCCAAACUACCACGGACGAACCGCUGCAACCAGGUCAGGCGAGCCACUACACCGGAAGCCACGACGGGAGUCAGUCGCCGUAUGCCGAUGCCAUCCCAGACGCUGACCCAGACCGGGACAACAGCGACAUGUCUCAGGUACAGGAUGCGAAAGGCCAAGCCAUGUCCACUGCAGCGCAGCAUAGCAUGUUCAUCAUGCCAGAGGACCAACAUCGGGACCAUGAAAGCAGCCGCGCUCGUGAUCAUUCACACAGCACGGUGGAUCAUUCAACCUCAACUGUCACUUCGGGCUCUCAUCGUCCCUCUCUUCUCAGCUCCGCCGAUGAUGGCAUGGAGUUUGCCUUGGCAACAAUGUCCAACGAUUCAUGGCAACGCGCUCAUCAACAACAUGUUCCAUCACAAACAAGACCCUUCGAACCGACUUGGGAAUCCUGGUCUCGUUCUCAUGAGGACGUCUCGGGCGACCAGCUCAACCAAAGAACCUUUGUCGCUCGACCGUAUCCUACCAAUAACUCGUUCGAGGGGGGGACGACACCAUACGAAAAUCAGACUACGAUGCCCAAUCCUGAAAAUUUGAGCAUCCUCGAACUACUAGAGAAUUAUGUUGGCCAGUGCGUCUCGCCCCUGAGCCUUUGUUUUCCAAACCCCAGCGGUGGUCCGAGGCAUCAUCAAAUUCUACCCCUGGUCACGUCGCCUAAUAUGCCACAGGACAUAAAAGUACAAGCCAUGAUUGAGCGGACUCGAGUCAAUAUGCAACAUGUCAGGCCGCCAAAACUAUCCGACUUCUUAUUCGAUGACCCUCAGAAUACACUUUCCCUCGACCUGAAGAUGUUUUUGGAGCCUCUUCGAAGAGCAAGGCGAACUUCCGAGUAUCUUGCAGGCUACUGGGUGCUUUAUCUUUUGUUCAGGUGGCAAGCUCUACAAACCGAAGAAGCAUUUUUGAGCCUCCCAACCUGGUUGCGGCCAACACCACUCCAGCUCAAUGUCUUACACCCCCACGCUGCGGACCACAUAGCUUGGUCAGUGCCUGAAAGGACUGCCCUUCACACUCCCAGGAUAUCCAAUGUUGCUCAGCAGCCCACAGCGCCUUGA